AUGCACGCAAGCCUCAAGGUGCGCGUCAUGAGCCACAAACGCCACACAUCGGAAGCUGCUUCAUGGGACAAUAGUGACGACUCAGCCACAGAUGCGUUCCAGGGUCUGCCUGUCUUGUCCAUGUCGAGGCCCCCAACAACUCAAGAAGUCAAGGUUGAUGCUAUUCUUUUCUCCAGCGGACAUCGGUCCGUCCGCGCUCGUCGCGGAGAAGGACGCAAUGCACUGACGAUCCAGGUGGUUCUUUUCCUCCGCCUAAGAUUUCCUUUUCUUCGGGCCCGGUCAUGCCCGGCGGCAAAGAGGGCCAAGCCGGUUCGGCAGCUCCCAGGGCUAGGGAGGAGACGCGGCCUGUCUCCGCUCUGCAACGGGGAACUCAACGUGGGCGGCGAAAAGACGUCAAAUCCUCGAUAUCGCCCUUGCUCCGAGCUCGUAGGGCUGGGCAAGACCGGCAGGCUUGCGGCAAGGCUACCUGUGGCUGGUAACUGUCAGACAUGCACGUCUGAGGCUACUGCCCACCAGCCAUUGUUGGUUCAGCAUCGGACAUGA